AGACUUGCUGCAAGUCUGCUUGCUGUUAGGGAUGAAGAAUAGUUGGAAUUGUUGCGGGUGCAGGAUUGUGUUGGACUUAGUCGAUCAGGACCCCGGCCUGCAGACCACGACAACAGCAGACGGAACAUGAACCAUGACCAACCACGGUCCAGGAUCAAGCCCCGCCCCCCGCUGGCAGCAGCAGUGAGGUCUUCCUCCCCGGCAGAAGCAUGCAGCUGCUCUACAUCGGCCUGGAGCUGCUCAUCGCCUGCUUGGCCGUGGCGGGGAACCUGCUGGUGUGCUGCUCCGUCUGCCUCAACUCCAACCUGCAGAGCAUCACCAACUUCUUCGUGGUGUCGCUGGCCGCCGCCGACAUCGCCGUGGGGCUGCUGGCCAUUCCCUUCGCCAUCACCAUCAGCACAGGUUUUUGUGCCGACUUCCACGGAUGUCUCUUCAUCGCCUGCUUCGUCUUGGUGCUGACCCAGAGCUCCAUCUUCAGCCUGCUGGCCAUCGCUGUGGACCGAUACAUCGCCAUCAAGAACCCGCUCAGGUACAACAGCCUGGUGACGGGUCAAAGGGCAAAGGUCAUCAUCGCCUUGUGUUGGCUCCUGUCAGUCGCCAUCGGCCUCACGCCAAUGCUGGGCUGGAACAAAGGAUGGAACUCCUCCCGCGGGGCCUCUACCACGUGUCCCGAGGGCUUGACGGAGUGCCUGUUUGAGGGUGUGGUCACCCUGGACUACAUGAUCUACUUCAACUUCUUCGGCUGCGUGCUCCUGCCUCUGGCCGUCAUGCUGGUGGUCUACGCCCACAUCUUCAUGGCGGCGCGGCGCCAGCUGCGGCUGACGGGCCUCAAGAAGGUGUCGCCGGCGCCUUCCCUCAGAGCGCCCGCAUCGUCGUCCCGCUCCACGCUGCACAAGGAGGUGCACGCCGCCAAGUCGCUGGCCAUCAUCGUGGGCCUGUUCGCAGUGUGCUGGCUGCCGCUGCACGUCAUCAACUGCUUCAACCACCUGUGCCCCGACUGCGCCCGCCCGCACGUCUGGGUGAUGAACAUCGCCAUCAUCAUGUCGCACGCCAACUCCGUGGUCAACCCCUUCAUCUACGCCUACCGCAUCAGGGAGUUUCGCCAGACCUUCCACAGGAUUCUCCACCGCCACCUUUUGGGCCGCGGCGGCGGCGACACGCGGAGCAGCGGCGUCAGGAGGACGUCCUCGCGCCUCGCCGGAGGAGACUCCUUUUGCCGCACCGUCACCCAGGCUUACGUCACGGACGCCAGCCGCUGGGCGUCGACCAUCAACGGGAAGCCUGCGGCGGCUAUGCAGCAGCAAUGCACCGUAGGACAGGGGGCGGAGUCUAUCACGUACCUGGAGGGAGCCGUGAGCGUGGACCUGAGGGACGACAGCAGCUGUAUCGCUUUUGUCAACGUCCCGGCUCUUUCCGCCAUACAGACGGAACUAAUGUGACAUCCAAAUAAUACUACUGUCCCAGGUCAAAGGUCAAAGGAUGAAAUGGGACCCCCAAAUUGAAAAAAAUAGAAACUUCCCACAACCUUUUAUUCUUGUCAACUGACAUAAAAGUGUAAGAAGAAGUUCACCGCUCACAUUGGCAGAAACAAAAACUCAAGCGUAAUAAGAAGUUCUCCAGAAAAGUUCCAUUUGGGUCUUGAUCUAAAAAACAUUUUUUUUCAAAACUUGGAUUUAUGUGACUGAACCUUUUUGUCUUGGAACUAUUUAUUUUUGUCCAAUUUUAGUGUUUUGUAAAAAUCCAACGUUUAAAAAAAGAAAAAAAGGUGUAAAAAAUGUUUAGAUAUUCAGUGUGUAAAGAUGCAGUGUAAAAAAAAAAAGUGUGAAAGUGUUAAAAAAUUCAGUGUGUAAAAAAAAUUGAGUGUAAAAUAAUCAUGUGUACAAAAAAAUCUAUGUAAAAAAUGUGUUUAAAUAUUCAGUAUGUCAAAAUCCAGUGCAAAAACAUUUGGUGUGUAAUAGUUCAAUGUAAGAAAAUAAAAUCAUUGUAAAAAAAAUGUUUAAAAAUUAUUUGCAAAAAAAAAAUUCAGUGUAAAGAAAUUAAGUCAGGGUGUAAAAAAAAAUUGGUGUAAAAAAUGUGUUUAAAUAUUCAGUGUGUAAAGAUGCAGUGUAAAAAGUGUAAAAAAAAACUAAGAGUUACAAAAAUUGAGUGUGUAAAAAUUGACUGUAAAAAUAUUAAGUGUAAAAUAAUCCUGUGUACAAAAAAAAAUCUGUGCAAAAGAUGUUUAAAAAUUCGGUGUAAAAUCGGAGUGUGUAAGUGUGGAAUAAAAUCAGUGUAAAAAAAAUUGUGUGAAAGUGUUAAAAAAUUCAGUGUGUAAAAAAAAAUCAAGUGUAAAAUGAUUAUGUGGAACAAAAAAUCUGUGUAAAUUUUUUUUAAAUAUUUGGUAUGUAAGAAUCCAGUGCAAAAAACAUUUGGUGUGUAAUAGUUCAAUGUAAGAAAAUAAAAUCAUUAGAAAAUAAUUUUUUACAAUUUUUUUAUAAAAACAAAUAUUCAGUGUAAAAAAAAAUAAGUGAGUGUGUAGAAAAAAUAAAUUGGUGUAAAAAAUGUUUAAAUAUUCAGUGUGUAACGAUGCAGUGUAAAAGUAUUUAAAAAGACAGUGUAAAAAGUGUUACAAAAAUUUUGCGUGUAGAAAUUGACUGUAAAAAAUUAAGUGUAAAAUAAACAAUCAGUGUAAAAGAUGUGUUUGAAAAUUUGGUGUAAAACCGGAGUGUAAAAAUUAAGUGUGAAAUAAAAUCAGUGUAAAAAAAAAUUGUGCAAAAGUGUUAAAAAAUUCAAUGUGUAAACAAAAAUCAAGUGUAAAAUAAUCAUGUAGACCAAAAAAAUCUGUGUAAAAAUGGCUUUAUAUAUUUAGUAUGUAAAAAUCCAGUGCAAAAAAACAUUUGGUGUGUAAUAGUUCAAUGAAAGAAAAUAAAAUCAUUGUAAAAAAAAAAAUGUUUGAAAAUUAUUUGUAAAAAAAAAUAUUCAGUUUAAAAAAUAAGUCAGUGUGUAAAAAAAAUUGGUGUAAAAAUGUGUUUUAAUAUUCAGUGUAAAGAUGCAGUGUAAAAAGCGUAAAAAAACAGUGUAAAAAUGUUGCAAAAAUUGAGUGUAAAAAUUUACCGUAAAAAAUUAAGUGUAAAAUAAUCCUAUGUACAAAAUUUUUUUUUAAAUACAUGCUUAAAAAAUCUGUGUAAAACCUAAGUGUGUAAAAAUUAAGUGUGAAAUAAAAUCAGUGUAAAAAAAAAGUGUAAAAGUGUUGAAAAAUUCAGUGUGUAAAAAAUUAAUUGUAAAAUAAUCACGUGUACAAAAGAAUCCAUGUAAAAAAUGUGUUUAAAUAUUCAGUUUGUAAAAAUCAAGUGUAAAAAUAUUUGGUGUGUAAUAGUUCAAUGUAAGAAAAUAAAAUCAUUGUAAAAAAAAAAAAAAAAAAAAA